AUGGCUAUCUUCAAAUUCAUUCCUGUUGCACUCGCGGCCACUCUCUCUACGGCUGUGGCACAAUCUUUGCUUCCCAAUGAUGCUUUCAGCACAUGCCCUACCUUUAAUAACAAACCCGCCACCAUCAACGGGGGCGUCGUUCAGGUCUCCUGCGACGUCUGGUACAGCGGCUACAGUCCUGCUCCCUCUGCGGCUACGAGCCUCCGGCAAUGUGCCGAGGACUGUUACGCAUCGAGCACUUGCCAGGGAAGCAUUUGGUUCGACGCAGCCGCAAAAUGCUAUACCGCUAGUCAACUUAUUGGAGCUCCCAACCCAGCUAUCGGGUGGAUUACACUGCGUCCCGACCGCGGUGCUACUCCUCCUACUAGCAACUGCGAUGCCGUGAAUCAGCAACUGCAGCAAUCCCAGAACGCCUUGCAGCAAUGUCAGACCGGUGCUGCGACAACCUCUCAGCAGCUACAGCAAUGCCAAUCUUCUGCUGCGGCCAAUACUCAGCAGUUGCAGCAAACCCAGAACGCUCUACAGCAGUGCCAAACAACAGCUGCGGCCGGUGCUCAGAUUCCUUCGUUCAACGACUGCAAUUCAGGCGGAAAUGGACAGGUCGUUACAAUUGGGAACAGGUCCAUGAGGCAAGUGUGCAAUGUGUUUAUGGCCAAGGCUCACAUGAAUCUGUUGAGAGUCGUGCAUCCAGGCCUAACCCGACCAGAGUGUGCCAUGCUCUGCGCUCUUAAUACCAGCUGCCGCAGUGCUUACUUCGUGGGACAUACAUCGACUGUCAACGAAUGCCAGCUUCAAAACGACAACAUAGAGUCUCGGGUGACUUACAGUAACUCACCCGACGUGGUAUACAUCCCAGUCUAG